AUGGGCACCCCCCAUCAGGGUGGCAAUGGCGUUCAACUAGGGCGUAUUCUCGUCAAUGCAGCUUCUGUUUUCGUACCAGCUGACGAUGGUCUCCUCAAGCAUCUUGAGAGAGACUCCGAGUGGCUGUUACAACAACUAGGACAAUACGGCCCGAUCAGUGGUGAUUUUGCGACCAAGUUUGCUUAUGAGAAGUACAAAACACCAAUAGCUCUAGGGAAAAAGAUCAUGGUCAUGCCCAGGGCGUCGGCGGUUGUGCUGGGACAGGCGGACGCGGAGCCAAUCGCCAUCCAUGCAAACCACAAAAACAUGGUCAAGUUCACGUCAAAACAGGAUGUUGGUUAUAUCACCAUCCUAGAGACCUUGCAGAUCAUGAUGAAGGAUACGGAAGUUUCGAUUCGAGCAAGAUGGGAAGCAGAACGCCGGGUCGAGAAUGCUCGAGCUAAUGCAACACAGUUUUCUCUCGGGUUCAGUCUCUCGGAGGUAAAUAAUGUCCAUCAUUUUGUUGCAAGAGACGAAGAACUUGCCCAGUUGCAGCAGAUCUUGACGACGUCCCAUGAGCGUCGCACAGUUGUCAUUCACGCCCUUGGGGGUAUAGGCAAAACACAACUGGCUAUUGCUUUUGCAAAACAGAAUUACAAAUCAUUCUCCGCGGUGUUCUGGAUGAACGCUACUGAUAAGGAAACGCUAAAACAGAGCUUCACAAGAGCAGCAGACAGAAUACUCCGCGAGCGUUCCCCUCUUGCCUAUCUUGAAGGUGCCAUUGCCAACGAUGACACGGACGAGAUAGUCAAAGAUGUCGGACGUUGGUUAAGCGAAAGUGGAAAUAACCAGUGGCUUGUCAUCUUCGACAACUAUAACCACCCUUCCUUCGGCGACAACGUUGGCAGGCAGCAUUCACAGCAUGAUAAUAGCAUCAUCUCGAAAGAUUACGACAUUCGCCCAUUCUUUCCUAAGACUCAUCAAGGUGCGAUUAUCAUCACGACGCGAUCAGCCACAGUAAAGCUUGGCAAGACAAUGCAACUAAGUAAACUCAGACGCAUCAAGGAUAGUCUCAAAAUCUCAGAAUCAACGUCUAAUCGUCUACAACUCGUGAAAGAUCCCGCAGCUAUUCACCUUACUCAGGAACUCGAUGGUCUUCCACUUGCCCUUGCUACGGCUGGUGCUUACCUAGAUCAAGUCGCUAUAUCAUGUGCGGAGUACCUUGAACUCUACAAGGACUCAUGGGGUAGACUCCAGGAAUCCAGUCCGCAGCUUUUAUCAUACGAAGAUCGCGCUAUGUACUCAACAUGGAAUAUCUCAUUUCAAAAUGUUGAGAAACAAAACAAGUCUUCUGCUAUGCUGCUCAAGCUUUGGGCUUACUUCGAUCGUGAUGACUUGUGGUAUGGCCUACUGUGUAGUGCGGAGGGACUGGCACCACCAUGGCUAGAUGUUCUUAGAGACAAACUUACGUUUAUGGAAAGCAUACGCCUGUUAUGCGAUCACGGACUAGUGGAGGUUAAUACAGUUAUUGGAGAGAAUGAAGCGGAAUAUCCGGGCUAUAGCGUUCAUGCAUGCGUGCAUGCAUGGAUGAUUGAUGUUUUACAUACAAAGACUGACACUAACAUGGUGCAACUAGCCGCCACAUGUGUGGCAUCUCUCAUACCUAACAAAGAUGACCAUGAAUAUUGGCGUUUACAACGAAGACUUUUGCAGCACGCUGAUCGAUGUUCAGAGAUAAUGGCUGAUAGCACAGGAAUUCCAGAUUUGGUUCAAUGGAUUUACGAUUCAUUUGGAUACCUCUAUAUGGAGCAAGACCGAUUUGAGGUGGCAGAAGUGAUGUUCGAGCGAGCAUUGAAGCAGCAGGAUAAGACAUUAGGACCCGAAGAUAUUUCAACACUCGAUACAGCCCACCGUCUAGGUCUUACCUAUUUUCACCAAAGUCGGCUCCGUGAAGCAGAAGCGAUAUAUAAGCGGGUAUUGCAGCGUUACGAGAAGUUACUAGGGCCUGACCAUGCCAAAACGCUUGAUAUGGUCAACAAUUUGGGGGUGGUCUAUCUAGACCAAGAUCGAUUUAGAGAAGCAGAACAGAUGUUUGAGCGGGCAUCAAAAGGAUAUCAAGUGGCGUUUGGGUAUGAUAAUAGAUUCACGCUCAAUGUAGUCACCAAUAUGGGAAGUGUCUAUCUCUGUCAAGGCCGACUUGAUGAAGCAGAAAAGAUAUGCAAGCGAGCAUUGAGAGGAUGGGAGACGACAUUAGGAUCCAACCAUAUAUCAACGCUGAACGCAGUCAACUUCCUUGGAAAAGUUUACGCCAGUCAGGGUCGCCUCGGCGAAGCUGAAAUACUAUGUGAGCGAGCAUUGCAAGGGUUAGAGAAUGCAUUAGGGCUCAGUCAUACAUUGACACUCGACACCAUCCAUGGUCUGGCACAUGUCUACGACAUACAAGGUCGAGUCAAUAAAGCAGAAACAAUGUAUAAGCGAGCGUUGGGAGGACGGGAGGUGUCCGAGCCAGCUACUGGUGGAGCAAAUCUGCUUGCGUUAAAAAUUCUUGAAAAACUCGGUAAUCUUUAUGAACGUACAGAUAAGCCAGAGCUGGCUGAGAAAGUUUAUUUGCAAGUAUAUGAUGGAUAUGUAGCUGUCUUUGGGGAUGACAGCGAACGGGCCAGAAGUGUUCAAAAUAGGUUGGAAGACAUGGCAUUAUGUCAAACGAGACCGUAG